AUGACCUCCAGCACCAUCACCCCGGCCCCCAGUCCCCAGUGUCCCCAGAACCUCCGGCACCGGCAGGUCACUGACCCACAACGCUUCGGGGGGAAACCAGGAGAGCGGAGCUCCGUCCUCUAUUCUGCUGGGCAGUUUUUCUUCGAGUACUUGGUGGUGGUGUCGCUGAAGAAGAUGUCAGAUGGACAUUACGAACCCAAGAUAACCUACCAGUUCCCAAAGCGCGAGAACUUGCUGAAGGGCCAGAAGGAGGAGGAGGAACGUCUCUUGCAAGCCAUCCCCCUCUUUUGCUUCCCCGACGGCAACAACUGGGCCCCUGUCACUGAGUUCACCAGCGAAACCUUUUCUUUCGUCCUGACCAACGUGGAUGGCAGCAGGAAGAUCGGCUACUGCAGGCGGCUGCUGCCAUCCGGCCGUGGUGUCCGCCUCCCUGAGGUCUUCUGCAUCAUCAGCUGCCUGGGCUGCUUCGGGCUCUUCUCCAAGAUCCUGGACGAGGUGGAGAAGAGGCGCCAGAUCUCCAUGGCGGUGAUUUACCCCUUCAUGCAGGGCCUUCGGGAAUCGCCCUUCCCAGCCCCAGGGAAAACCGUCACAAUUAAAAGCUUCAUCCCUGAGUCAGGCACGGAGCUCAUCAAGCUCACGCGGCCCGUGGAUGCCCACCUGGAGCACGUGGAGUUUCAGGCUCUGCUCCAGCGGCUCAGCCCCCACCUCAUCCUGCACAUCUUCGCCUCCGCCGUGUUGGAGCGACGGCUCAUUUUCCUGGCGGAGGAGCUGAGCGUCCUGUCGCAGUGCAUCCACGCGGUGGCUGCUCUCCUCUACCCCUUCACCUGGGCUCACACCUACAUCCCUGUGGUCCCCGAGUGCCUGCUCGACACUGUCUGCUGCCCCACGCCCUUCAUGGUCGGCAUCCAGAUGCGACACCUGGAGCGGGUCCUGGACCAGCCGAUGGAGGAGGCUCUGAUAGUUGACCUCUGCGAAGGGAAGAUCCUCCGGGCGGUCGGCGAUGAGGAGGAGAUCUUGCCCAUCAAGCUGCAGAAUGAGAUGCUGACGUCUCUGAACAGGCACAACAACAACAACAACAUACACACAUCCGAGCAGGUGAACACGCUUGUCUCCGAAGCCUUUGUGCAGUUCUUCGUCCGAACGGUUGGCCACUACGCCUCGCACAUCAAGUGGAGUAAAAACGGCUCGGGCACCUUCCAGGAGCGAGCCUUCUGCAAAGCCAUCGCCUCCAAGACCAACCGCAAGUUUGUGAAGAAGUUUGUGAAGACGAACAUGUUUUCCCUAUUUAUUGAGGAAGCGGAAAAGAGCAGGAUCCCCCAGGAAGCAUAUUUCCAGCAGAAAAUAACAGAGUACCACGAACAGAAGAAGCACCGAAGGGACUCCUGAAGUCCAGCCUGGGAACACAGGAGCAGGGCUGGGACUGAGCAGGUCCCCGCCAGCGGCACCACGCUGCGCAGACUCGACACGUGCCCCGUCCAAGGGCAGAGCACUCUGGACUCUGCUGGAUCUGUCCGCCGGUUCCUGCCCAUCUGUGACUCAUGAGAUGCGUGGGCAGCACCGAACACCAGUUUCUACCCUUUCUUUUUUCCUCAGGGCAUCAUUGCACUGGAAAACUCUUUUGCACAGAGCUAGCAAGCAGGCUGUGAUUUCUUUUCCCAUCUUGCUAGCAACAGGGACAAACUGCAACUCAGUGCCCCGCCCCGCGCAGAGUCUUCGGCCCCAUCAGGACCUCACGCAGCGCGGGAGGGAAGUCAGGGAGCUGGCUGCAGGACAACAAACUUUGUAGAGU